CCCGAACUCCUUUCCUUCUCCUGGCCCAGGAACGCGGCCCGAGAGUUAAUCUUUAAUCUCUGACCCUUGGCGCCGAGGGCGGGGACCGCACUCCAAGCUUGGUCGCCCGUCGCUGGGGCCUGAGCCCUGCGGGUCCAGCCCCCAACCCCACGCUGCGGCCUCUCCUUUGGUCUGGUCCCCAGGUCCCGAGUCUCAGGUGCCCUUCUCGACCCAAGAUGCGGUAGGAAUUGGAGCCCUGGGGAAGUCCUGUCCUUGGCGCCACCAACUCAUCGUCCAAGCUCAUGGCGACCCCAGGCCUGGGGCUGCUCCUGGCAGUUGGUCUGCCGAUGCUGCCCGCCGGUUGGAGCCAAGCGUCCACAGCACCGGACCCUUUCAACAGCACGACUCCAUCCCCAGACCCUGAGUCCAGUGGGGGCCUGUCUUCAGAGGCCGUUGUAGCUAUCGCUGUGGUCUUUUCCAUCCUGGGAGUCAUUCUCCUAGCGGUGGGGCUGUUCCUGCUGAUGCGGAAACUUCGAGAAAAGCGCCAGACAGAGGGCACCUACCGGCCCAGCAGUGAGGAGCAGGUGGGUGCCCGUGCUCCACCACCCCCCAACCUCAAGCUGCCCCCGGAGGAGCGGCUCAUCUGAACGCCGGGGUGUCGGCUAUGGGCUGCCACCACCGUCCAGGACUGCCUUGGCACACCCUGGCCCACUGCAGCCACCUUGGAGACACGCCAGCCUCUGAUGGCUCAAGAGGACUCGGGGCGGGGAACCCUGGGGGCACCCGGCUGGUGGGCUACGCAGCAUGCUGCCUCCGCUUGGCUCUGCAUGAAGCUGGGGGUGCCGCGGCCGCGGGGGCCUCACCUCACCAUUCAUCUCGCGUGAUCUUGCUCUGCUGUGUCUCCUACCGUGACUGCAGGCCCAACAAACCUCCUGUCCUUUCUUUCAAUUUUCCCAGGCAUCAGCUGAGGCCCGGGCCCCCCAGGACUCCAAGGAGCCAGUGCGGGGCUGCCUGCCCAUCUAGCUCCUUCCCCCUUCUCCCCUGUCACCCAUAUUUCCUACCUUGCUGUGUGACCUUGGGGGAAGGCAGCACGCUCUGGGCAAUCAGACUCACCCAAUGCUUAAAGAUAGAAGGGAAGAAAGUUCUUCAAAGACCUUGACUUUGAGGGAAAGGGAGGAUGGGGUUGCUCACUUUUAUAUAUUUAUGUGAAAUUAAUAGUAAGGUAUAAUAAAGCGGUUUUUUUUCUUUUUU